AUGUGGCUCCACCUGGCUGCCCUGCUGGGGCUUUACUUCCUUCACCGAUGGUACCAGGAGAGACAGACGGUGGAGAACCUGACGGAGAAAUAUGUCUUCAUCACGGGCUGUUCCUCUGGCUUUGGGAACCACCUUGCCAGGCAUCUGGAUGCCCGGGGUCUGCGGGUGUUGGCAACCUGUACCACACAGAAGGGGGCAGAGCAGCUGGGCAAGGCCACCUCAGAGCGCUUGAAAACCACCAUUCUGGAUGUCACCAGUACAGAGAGCGUUGCGGCAGCGACGGAGUGGGUGAAAGAACAAGUGGGGAACAAAGGGCUCUGGGGCUUGGUGAACAAUGCGGGAAUAGGUGUCCCAUCAGGUCCCAACGAAUGGCUGACCAAAGAUGACUUUGCAAAGGUGAUCAAUGUCAACCUGCUAGGGUUGAUUGACGUGACACUACACAUGCUGCCGCUGGUGAGGAGAGCCAGAGGGAGGGUGAUCAACAUCUCCAGUACGGAUGGACGACUGGCCUGCUUUGGAGGUGGUUACUGCCCAUCAAAGUUUGGUGUGGAAGCCUUCUCUGACACCCUGAGAAGAGAGCUCCAUCCUUUUGGAAUCAAAGUCAGCAUUGUUGAACCAGGUACUUUCAAGACACCCAUACAGUCAAAAUCAGCUGAGUCCUACGAACCUUUAUGGAGCCGGUUACCUUCUGACCUCAAGGAAUGCUAUGGGCGGAAGUACUUUGAGCAAUGUUGCAAAGUAAGUGAAUAUUUCCAAAAGGCUGGCAGCGACAACCUUCACCUGGUCACCGACUGCAUAGAACAUGCCCUGACAUCCUGCUGCCCUCGCACUCGCUACUCUCCAGGCUGGGAUGCAAAGUUCUUGUACAUUCCUGCCUCUUACUUUCCAACGUCCAUCGCUGACUUUGUGAUGAGCCACAUUUGGCCUAAACCAGCUCAAGCAAUAUAGGGUUGUUGUUGUUUUAAAAUAGCGACUAUAGAAUAAUCAAAACAUACAAUACAACAAAGUAAAGAACCAAGAGGCAACUUACUAUUAUAGAUCCUCCAUUCAUAAAUAGAUAUUACUUUGAAACAUAGGAAGGUUCAAUCCAAGAUUGAUCAAGAAAAUUGGCAUUUUAUUUUCAUGGAAGCAAAGAGGGCUAAUAGUAAUGAGUAUUCACAUUUAUAGUGAAUGAGUAUUCACAUUUAUUAAAGAAAAUAAAUUGUGGUAGGAUCGCUCCAGUGUUUUUUAUAGACAUCAAAAACAUCCACUAUAUAGUGACAUACAGUGGUAUCUCUGGUUAAGAACUUAAUUCGUUCCGGAGGUCCGUUCUUAACCUGAAACUGUUCUUAACCUGAAGCACCACUUUAGCUAAUGGGGCCUCCUGCUGCCCUUGC